AUGCCAGGUGGAAACCAACCUUCCAACUUAGAGUUCGGUUGCCGUCAUGCCCCUAGUAGGGGUGUGGCAGAUUCAUCGGAUAAAGUGAAGGUUAUUCAGGCAAGGCUUCUUACCACUCAGAGUCGGCAAAAAAGUCACACGGACCGGAGAGUUCGUGAUUUAGUGUUUCUGAGAGUUGGAGAUGUUACGUAUGAGCUAGCACUACCUCCUGGUUUGUCGAGUAUUCAUCAAGUGUUCCAUGUUUCUAUGCUCAAAAAGUAUGUCUCGGAUGGUUCUCAUGUGAUUAGAUGGGAUUCGGUGAUGCUUGAUGAGAAUUUAUCCUAUGAGGAGGAGUCGAUUGCUAUCUUGGACCGUCAGAUUCGCAAGUUGAGACCCAAAGAAAUCGCUUCUCUGAAGGUUCAGUGGAGAGGUCGUCCUGUGGAUAUCUAG